CCUUCGUCACAUACCAUGUACAGGGUUAGGUGUGGCUGCCUAUAAAAACAAGAUGCAAGUCAAAGGCUUUAAUCAGUUGAAACUAUACACGUAUAGCAAAUAGUUCUGAAUUAAACGCUUAUUAUAAGUGAUUCCAGCAAUGUUUCGGUUGGUUGUUUUCUUCGCUGCUGUUGCCGUUAGUCAGGCAGCAUACACAUUAAACGCUGCUGGCCCAUCCUAUGCUGGGAUUCACACCCCAGCUAUAACUAGCCAGCAAUCGAACAUACUUCGCAGCUACGGUAAUCUCGGACAAGUUUCAACUUUCUCCAAGACGAUUGAUACGCCAUACUCGUCCGUCAGUAAGUCUGAUGUGCGCGUAAGUAACCCGGGACUGGCCGUUGGCCAUUUGGCAUCUGCCUACCCUGCCGUUGCUCCCGCCUAUCCGUAUCACGGAUACGCUUCUCCAAUCACUACUGCAGUUAAGACACUCGGGGUGGCUUACUCUGCCGCUCCAACAGUUGCUCAUAUGAGCUACAGCAACGGUUUCGGUAUAAACUACGCUUGGUAAAUAAUGGUUGCGUUCGAAUAUUUGCGUAAGAGGGACACAGUAAACGCAUCAAAUAUAAACUAAUAGAAAAAUCAAAUAGAAAAAAAAAACGGUUCAGUCGUCAUUUUAUUUGGGUGUACUUUUUCAAUCUGUACUUAUUUGGAUAUAUUUUUUUGAUUUUUG